AUGCUUCCCCGCCAGGCAGUGUCAUGUCUGUCUCUUCAAAAAGUCUACGGUCCUAGAUGGUUUCAUUGUUCGAGAAGGCACAGCGCUGAUGCGAGAUGGCCAGGAUGGGAGGUCAUUGUAGGGAUAGAGGUCCAUGCACAGAUCAAGUCACGCAAAAAGCUGUUCUCUCAUUCGCCAAAUUCGGAUCCAGGGGCUCCUGCUAAUAUCCAUGUAUCCCCGUACGACGCUGCUUUUCCCGGGACGCUACCACACUUGAAUAGGAAAUGCGUAGAGCUUGCUCUGAGGACUGCCAUUGCUCUCAAAUCUGAUAUACAGAGACGAUCUUCUUUCGACCGAAAACACUACUUCUAUGCGGAUCUUCCAGCCGGGUACCAAAUCACACAGCGUUACGAGCCUCUCGCUAAAGGAGGUUACCUGAAACUUCCUGAAACAGGUGCUGUAGUUGGUAUUGAGCAGAUACAACUCGAACAGGACACGGGGAAAUCAUCGUUUGAUUCACGAAGACGUCUCUCCGCAAUUGAUCUUAACAGAGCUGGUACAGGGCUCAUGGAGAUCGUCUCAAAUCCUGACAUGAGGCUAGUCGCACAGCUUGAUGUUUGCCACGGCCAAUCGCCAGAAGAAGCGGGAGAGUAUGUAAGGACAUUGCAGGCUCUGCUUAGGUCCGUCGGAUCUAGCGAUGGUAACAUGGAACAGGGAUCACUUCGUUGCGACGUCAAUGUCUCUGUCAAUCGUCCAGGAGAGAAACCAGGAACAAGAUGUGAAAUCAAGAACUUAAACAGCGUCAAGUUCACCAUGGUGGCCAUAGGGUCUGAAGUCCUACGGCAGAUCUCUCUGAUAGAGAGUGGUCAGCCUGUCUCUCAGGAAACCCGUGGAUUCAAUGAGGACACCGGCGAAACGUAUCGUCUACGUGGAAAAGAAGAUGCACCAGACUAUCGUUACAUGCCGGACCCCAACCUCCCACCGCUCCUUCUAGAACAUAGCUUUGUAGACGGCAUACGUGCUAAUAUGCCCGAGCUUCCAGAUGAGGUUCGGUCCCGAUUGCAGGCUCAGGGCCUAAGUCAACGAGACGUCGAUGUCCUCAUGGCCGUAGAUUCGGGGCGCGAAGUUGGGUUUGACGGCGCUCUCGGUCAGGGUGCCCUUUACGCCGGUUUCGAUAGGAUGACACACGAGCUUCUCGGCCAGUUAGCCCUUCGUCGAGAAACGUUCAAGGAGAACCCGGUCUCCGUGGAGUGCAUGGGAAACUUGAUUGAUUUAUUACAAAGUGGUAUGAUUACUGGAACAUCUGGCAAGACCCUCCUACGACACAUGCUUGACCACAGGUCGGACAAGAUGCCAGUGGAGAUAGCACAAGAGCUUUCUCUCAUUGCACUGAGCGAAGGCGAAGAUCUUCUGGAAAAGAUGUGCUCUGAAGCUGUCAUAGCCUUGCCCGCUGAGGCCGAUGCUGUUCGUCGUGGCAAUCUCCAGGUCCUUAAUAAGCUCGUGGGGUGGGUGAUGAAGUCGAGUAGGGGAAGGGCUGACGCUCAAGCCGUCAGGGCGAAUUUAAAGAAAAUGCUGGCACCAAACUAA